UUUCCUCUCUGAUUUCUCUCCCUCCCUCCCUCCCUCUCUCCCUCUCUCUCAUAUAUUUAUAAUCUUCUCCAUUUCAAGCCCUAAUUUCAUGUUCACAAAAUUCCCCAAAUUUGAAAGCCUAGCCCAAAUCCUCACUGCACACCGCUGCAAUGCCACCAGCUAUUCCAUAGAUAAUAGAUCAAACAGUAUCAGUUUAUAUAUGGUCUUAUGUAUAUAACAUCAUGCAGGUAUCUCAAAGUAAGAGCAAUGAAGAAAUCAACAUAAAUGGCUCUUCCAGUAUUAUUGGCAUGAAGUCUCAAUCUCCUAGACAAACCUCUGAGAGCUUCACACAGGCAUUACCUUCAAAUGAUUGCCCAAGUUCUAGGGACACUGAAGCUCAAGCUCAACUGCCUCUCAUUGAAUCUGAUGAUAAAAUUACUGGGCUUUUGAUUGGAGUAAUCACACCAAUAAGGAAGAUUAUGAUUGGUGAUAAUGCCCCUCUUCAUGUGCUCAAGAGUUCUGCAUCUUUGCUGGGCUGCAGCAAGUGAGGUAUUGCAUCAAAACUGGAGGUAUUGAUCUGCUAUCAGGUAUGGAAGCAGCUACCUACUUUUGAGUCUGCUGAUUGUGGUGUGGCUGCUGCUUUUGGUCCAGAUUCUGUAUGGAAGCAGCUAGCUGCAAGUUUUGGUGAUUGUUAAACAGGAUAGGUGGCUUAAUUGAUUUGUUGGUUUGAUAUGCUAAGUUGUGGGUAGAUCUUGUUGUGCUUUUGUUGUUGAGGUGUUUUCUUCGGUCUCUUUGGUCAAAUUUUGCCUCAAGUUUGGUGUGGCCUUGUCUGGUUGCUGAGGCCAGUGACUGAUUUGGGUUGCUGAUUUUGGUGGAUCUUUGUUUUCCUAUCUAUAUGUGCUGAUUCUUCUAAUUUUGCUUCUACUGCCUUUUGCUUUUUAGCUGCUUAGGUUGUGGUCUGUUGGUCUGCUAAGUUGGUCUAAUUUGUUCUGUUUGAUUUGGUGGCUGUUAUUUGAAUUGGCUUGUCUA